CAAGAAGUAAAAGUUUUAUUUCAUUAAUAAUAUAGUAUAUACGGUAGGCCUAGUGAUUGUUAAACCAAAAGCCACAACAAGACGUUACGAUUUAAAUAGAGGUCAAAGAGGUCAAAGGAGAGACCAACGGAAGAAAGGAGACGAUCUCAGUCUUGGAAUGAAUACCGGUGAGUGCAGUUUAGAUGCUAUAAUACUCUGUCAAUUAUCCGCUGUUCCGUUCUGUGUUCAUUCUCCCCAUAUAAAUCUCGGUUACUUUAAUGGCGACGAGGCCAAAGUGUUUUGUACAGACUUGAAAAGUUUUGUUGAAAUUUGUGCGUUUAGCGAAGUUUUUAGGGUUUUCAGCUCGGAAAUUCAAGGAAUUGAUUUAAUUAAACCAAGAACUUUAUAUUUUGGAAGAUAUUUUUGGAAAUAUCUGGAAGUUUAGGGUUAAACUGAGAGUUAACCUGAGAUAGGCCUUGGCUACGACAGGAAAGUAUGCAACACCACGUUGUCGCACAACUUCGAAAAUUGCUGAUGUCACAACGGAGGGGAGAAGCCAUUCACUGCCGAUGGUAGUUAUAAAAGGAUCUAGUACGCAACCCAUACUGAUGGGACGGAAUUGGUUAGAGAAAAUCAGGCUCGACUGGGAAAAGAUUGCUCAGAGCCGGGAAAAUCAAGAAGUAUGUUCAGUCAACGGAAUUGAAGGUAGGAACUUUCCAAUUACUACAAUAGGACUUAAGGACUUGAAGACUAAGUUUGCCGAUGUUUUUCAAGCUGGUAUUGGGACAGUUAAAGACAUUAAAGUUGACUUAACUCUUAAGGAAAAUUCUCAACCUAUCUUUUGCAAGGCACGCAAUGUACCAUUUGCUCUUAAAGAAAAACUCGAUAAAGAACUAGAUAGGCUAGUUGAAAAUGAAGUUAUAUACCCUGUGACUAAAACAAAUUGGGCAUCUCCCAUAGUAAUAGUACCUAAGAGUGACAGUACAGUUCGAGUAUGUGGGGAUUUCAAAACAACAAUCAAUCCUUGUCUGAGAACUGACCAUUAUCCGCUACCCUUGCCGGAAGAGAUUUUUUCUAAUAUAUCUGGAGCUAAAAUGUUUUGUAAAAUAGACUUGACAGCAGCGUACAACCAACUAUGUGUAAAUGAAACAGCACAGGAACUGUUAACUAUCAACACUACAAGGGGACUUUUUCGCUACCGGAAACUGCCGUUCGGUAUCACAAGCGCAGGUGCGAUUUUUCAGUCCGUCAUGGAUAAAAUUUUGCAUGGUCUUAAAAAUGUGUACUGUUAUUUAGAUGACAUUUUGUUAAUUGGUCAAACGUAUAGUGGUUUAUACAAGUGUGUAGAGGCAGUGUUGUCUAGAUUUCAGCAGUAUGGAGUGAGGAUCAAUGCUGAAAAAAGUGAGUUUUUUACAGAAAGCAUAACUUUCCUAGGCCACAAGUUGAGCCCAGACAAAAUAGAACCUAGUGAUGAACUGACCGAGGCUAUCAAAAAGGCGCCUCGACCGACCAAUUUGACACAGCUGCGCUCGUAUUUAGGCCUAAUCAAUUAUUAUGGCAGAUUUUUACCUAACCUCUCAACUCUGCUUCACCCUUUGUACAAUCUACUGAACAAAGAUGUAAAGUGGGACUGGACCAACCUAUGUGAAAAUUCGUUUGUACAAAGUAAGGAAAUGUUACUUACUAAUCGAGUGUUGAUGCCCUUCAACCCCGAUCUUGAAAUCAUAGUUACAGCAGAUGCUAGCCCCUAUGGAAUUGGUGGAUUGUUGUCUCAUCGAUUGGCCGAUGGAUCAGAGCGCCCUGUUGCAUUCACAUCGAGAACUUUAACGGUACAUGAAGUCAAGUAUUCCCAAAUUGAAAAAGAAGCGUUGGCUUUAGUCUUCGUGGUAAAAAAAUUCCACACAUUCUUAUAUGGCAAACACUUUCUGUUAGCAACUGAUCAUCGUCCAUUGACAUUUUUAUUAGGACCUAACAAAUGUAUUCCAACUUUGGCAGCUGCUAGAGUACAGCGAUGGGCGCUGAUUUUGUCAGCUUAUAGUUACGACCUAACUUAUCGCAAAGGUUCGGACAUGUGUCAUGCCGAUGCACUUAGUCGACUUCCAUGUGAACAUGUUAAGCCUGGCCCUGAACACUGCGUAGCGUUCUUUUCAAGUGAUGAUGAGUUGCCUGUAACUCAUAAAGAGAUUAGCCUAGCUACAGUUAAUGACCCAAUUUUGUCAAAAAUCCUUGAUUUUGCACUUCAUGGUUGGCCUAGUCAUAUGGAUGAUACACUUAGACCCUAUUUCCUUAGAAGGGCAGAAAUUUCAGUUGAACGGAAUUGUGUUUUGUGGGGGAGGAGAGUAAUUAUUCCAAGUCCAUUCCGCAAAGAAAUCUUGAACUUGCUACAUCAGGAACAUCCUGGGGAAUCUAGAAUGAAGAGCUUAGCUCGUAGUUAUGUUUGGUGGCCCAAGUUAGACCAAAACAUAGAAGAAACUGUCAAGGAAUGUAAGAUCUGUCAAUCUACCCGCUUACCUAGCACCUUGGUAAGCGAUGGAGGUCCACAGCUUACUUCCAGGGAAUUUAAUGAUUUUCUUAAAAGUAAUGGGAUCCUACAUGUAGUCACACCCCCAUACCACCCUGCAUCAAAUGGUUUGGCGGAGAGGGCAGUGCAAACUACUAAAGGUGCAUUUUUGAGACAGUUGCUACAGGACGAAAAUCAACAAUCAAAGCGCACUUUGCAACAUCGUAUUGAUAGCUUCCUAUUUGCUUACCGCAAUACCCCUCAUACGGCAACUGGGUUGACUCCAGCAGAACUUAUCUUUAAUUUCAAGCCCAGAACUCGGCUUAGUCUUUUGAAGCCACACUUGGCAACGGAUUGUGAGGCGAAACAAGUGAAGAUUGAAACUGCUGCCAAUAAACAUAGAGGAUCUGAGAGAUCAUUUCAAGUAGGCCAAAAGGUGUUUGUUAAAAGUGUACGGCAAGAAGAACUAAACUGGCUACCUGGAGUAGUGACCAAAAUUAUCAGUAAUGUGACUUAUCUGGUAAAAACGGAAGGUCGUAGUAGGUUUGUCCAUGCGGAUCACCUGCGGGCAAAUUACUGUAACUCAGAAGAGGAUAUUGUUGUCUUACCUGCUAAUGAGUAUGAAAAAGCGACACUGAGAAACACCCCAGAAAAAUUGAUCAGUACCCCUCAAGAGGAGUUAAGAAGAAGUAAGAAUAAUUCUCCCAUCAAGGACACCACUCCAGUGGUAACACAAGAAACACCUCAAAGUUCACCCAUCAAGACUCAGGAGUUAGGCCUACCGAAUAGUCCAAAAGUUUUACCGGUCCGUCGUUCGCAAAGAGAGCGGCGAGAGCCAAAAAAACUAGAUUUAUAA